AUGGUCAUCGGCCUGCUGGCCAUCGCCGCCAUCCCCACAGUCAUUGGCACGGGGCAGGCCGUCAGCGCGCAGAAGAAGCAGAAUGCCGCCUCCAAGGAGCAGGCCAAGUUCAGCCUCACGACAGUGCUCGACGUCGACGGCCGGGAGGAGGAGUGUCCCGUCGUCCUCGUCGAUAACAAGCUUUGGAUAAACCACAGCCUCGCACCGGCACCCGGGCACAAGUUCUCGGGGUACUACUUCACCUACCCCAGCGAAGAGCAGUACCGCGGCCUCGUCUCGACGAUAUCCGAGGACCCGCCCAUGCUCAACUGGAUCUGGGUCGACGCCGACACCAGGGCGGCGCGCCACAGUGGCCGCAAGGACACCAUCGGCCACGUCAUCGGCCCCUGGGGCUGGAGCGACGACGAGAAGUUCCUGACGCUGCGCGGCAGCGGCCUCGGCUUCGUCGCCGUCCUCGAGGACGACGGCCGAUGGGCCGUCUACUGGGACCCGGACGGCAGGCUGCGCGAGGGCUACGAGGAGGGGGACUGCGUCGCGAUCAACCUCAAGCGGCAGAUGGCGCUGGGAAUCGAGAGCGGCUACGUUAGAGGUUAG